CUGUCAUUAAGGUGUUGUCAAAGGGAGCCCUGGAUGUGUGGGUUGGUCCCGAGGUUUGUGGUUUUAGCUUUUCAAAGGCGCGGAGCUAUUAUGGGCUAUGGGAUCAAGUUCUGGAAAAGUCGUCUUCAUUAUCUUGAAAAAUGGCUUUGUAACAGGAGGCACCAAGGAGCUUAAGUACACAUAACUCGCACACGGGAGAGAAAAUGACGAAAGUUCCUCAGGGGUUUGAUUUCAGUUUCCUAAACGAGGAAGAAGCCAGGAAGAUCCUCCAGGUACUGGAAAGAAAUGAGGAACUCCGGAGGGCAGAGAAGGACAGGAUCAGCAAACUUCAAAAGACAAAGAGGGAUAUCAGAUGGCUUCAAGGAGCAACUGGUGAAUGGUUUGAAGAAAUUCAAAGAAAGAAGUUUUGCAAUGAAACAGAUGUUAACCAGAUGUUAAAACCACCACUUACAUAUAGGCUACAGAAGGGGAUGGCAAAAAAUGAUCCGAUGGAAUUACAAACAUCAAGAUCUAAAAGCCUAAUAAACCAAAAACCAUCUGUUUCUCCCCGAAUGAGCUUUCGGUCAUCCUUUGCUUCACUGUUCUCAUUCAGAAGAUCUGGGAAGGAGACGCUUAAACUUCAAUCUCAGAGACCAAACGGGUGCGAUGAACGUAUAAGACCUUCAGCAUCUGUGAGGGGGACAUCUGCGGCAAAAUUAUACAAUUCGCCCGUUGGGAACCAACCAGUGGCCAGUGUGUUUGUUCCUAAGCCGGCAGUCAUGAGGGAAGAGAGCGGUAUGCCUCCGCCCUGGGACACUUCCGAGCUGGAGAGUGAGUUUUUCCAAGUUUUAGAUGAUUUGGACAACAAGCUGGCUCAGGAACAAUCUGCAGGAUUGAUGAAUACCAGAGUGCCAUUCAACUAUGGAUCAAGGACACAGUUCAAGCUGUCUCACAGGAACAGGCAUGGUCAUAGCACAGGAAGGCAUCAAAACUACCAUAGUGAAACUUCUAACAUGUCUAUCUAUGACAUCCUGAGGCCUGGAACCCCUAGAGAAGGCUUUAAAACCUUUUCUCCUAGGACAAAGACAAUUUAUGAUAUGUAUAGGACCAGGGAGCCCAGAGUCAUCAAGGAAGACUUCAUGCAAAAGAAUGCAUUUGGUAGUGCAUCUCUGUGCUUCGACAGCCGGCAAAGAUCAGCCUCACCUGCCGCAGGGCGUUUUACGGCCAGGAGUUUACACUUUCCAGCUGAUACUCAAAACAAGAGUAGUUUUACGCCAGUGAGACACCAGCAAAGCCCCAAAAGGACUCCUUUAUCAUCCAUCAUAUGGAAUAGGUCAGAUGCUUCUAGACAUAGGCAGAAUCAGGAAGAGUCACUGGGGAUGCCAGCACCAAUGGACAUUGACCCUGCUGAGCAAUAUGUGUCUCCUAGGUGUUUUCAGGAAAGUAGGAGGUAUGAGGUGCGCCAUUCACAGAACACUUACCAAAGCUACCCUUUCAAUGUCCCUGUGGAUAAUGCAAUGAGUCCUGACACAUUGGAGAACUCAGAGAAUAUGCCAUUCUACCGUCAACAUAGCCCAUUUGCACAGUCCUUCUUUAGCAGUACCUUCAGAGAACAGAGAUUUGGACAGAAUUCUUUUUGGAGCCGGCAAGAAGAGCAUUCUUCCUGGUCUGACUUUCCCCAGAGCAGGAAGCUGUUCCCUUCUUCUGACAAGGACUUUGAAAUGAUUUCUGUUGAAGCAAGCAGGACAUCAUCUGUCUGCAGUCAUGGUGUCCCUUCUCAGCACUGGAGGCCACAUUCUCCCGGCCAUGGAACAUACGUUUUCAGAGGUCAAGAAGACUCCCAUUGCUGGCGACCUGAUUUUCAAACAGCCCCACUGGGGAGCAGGGACACCUCACAUGUUAGUGAGAACCAGUUUCCAUCCCAUUUCGUCACACCAGAUGGGCUUCCUAUGACUGACUCAAGCUGCCACAUCCAAUCUUCUGGGCUGGACUCUCAGCAGGGCCACUUCCCUAUAGAAGAAGCUGUAGCUGAAGACCCUUAUUUGUUGGGCAAGGCUCAGACUCUAGUGUCUUCAUUCAGAACUCCCUUCCCCCUAAGUCCUGAUGACAGAGGGGAGUCUCAGAGUUUCAUCUUCCAGAAUCCCACAGCGACUUUGCAGAAUAUAACCCCUAAUAAGCCAGACUCUCUUCCAAUAAGAAACUGUACAGAAGUUCCUAUGGCUCAUGGCCAUUCUAAUGAAUCGCUGUCUCUUACUGAAACCCAGCCCAACAUCCCAGUCACAGAAACGAACAGUGAGAAAGAUAUGGAUACGUCUAUUUCAAAGGAUGAACAGCUAAACAAGAUGGACCAGAAGAAUAGGCCAAUUGGGUUACCCCAAUAUGUUUCACAGACUGUGAUCUCUAAUGAUUUACCUGAUUUUCAAAAUGCCAACUCCCAGGACUCAACCCCAAAUGACAGGUAUGGUUUUAAUGCACCUGCCACAGAACAUUCCAGAAGGUCACCCAGGGUCUUUUCCAGGAAAGGUACUUCCCAAAUUCAUACAGCACACAGAAAUCAAAGCAAUGAACCAAGCAAAAAUAAGUGUUCUGGGGGGGAUGGGAGACUUGACUCAGCGGCUUCCCUGCCUUUCAUCCAAGAAAGUGGGACAUCGGCCUCUCUUCCCAACCCAAAUCAAGGCUGUCACCAGAAAACAGGAAGUAAUGAGGACAAUUCAAGCACCAUUAAAGAUAGUCAUUGGUGCUUUGAACCCACUGCUAACCAAAAUCCACAGCCUCCCAGGGAGCCUGCUAUUUUAGAUCUUGAGCGACAGCAAAGUCCUUCCACUCAUUCUACCAAUGUCAGCAAGCAGGCCACAGGGCACAGCGUCUCACAAGAUCCUUUACGUGUGUCAUCAGAUGCACCCCAAGAUUCUUUCCUUGGUGCUCUUCUGAUACCUUCCACCACAGUGGUCUCCAGAAGCCUUCCAGGCCAAGAUCCAGGUCAAGAACAAAAAGAAGAAAAAGACAAGGCUACAACCAAGAGCCAAAAUGAUCAACUGGCUGUAAAUUCUACAGACAACCAAGAGAGUCAUGAUGGUCCGGCACUUCCACAUGAUGCUGUUCACUGCCAUCCAUACUCUCCCUUCAAGAAUGGGAGGGGGAAGGGGCGAGUAAGGCGCCGUGUAUCCUGUAUUGAGAAGCUAACCAAAACAGAGAGUAGAGCGGCACCCACAAGAGAAGGCAGUAGCUGUGCUGAGGACCAAAGCAACAGCAAAGUUCCUGCACUCAACACAGUCUACUGUACCUUGCCGAGAAGACCAGCCAGCUUUCUCAUACACAGCAGACAGCAGGAAAGUAAGGUGAUAGCUGCUUCCGUUAGAAAUGGGCCACUUCCGUUCCAAAUAAAAAAUAAAGCAGAAGUUCCAGGUGGAAAGAGCACAUCUGACAAGCCCAGUUCUCCUGAAUCAGUGGGUGAUGCUGCAAAUUCAGUCAUGGGGACACCCAAAGCCACUAAGAAGAUGACGGAUCUGAAAGCCAUUAGAUCGGCCUCAGUUAGGAAAGGACCCCUCCCUUUCCUCAUCAAGAGGGCAGUAUCAUGUCCUUCGGGGGAGCCGUGUACCUUGGCUGAAAGCCGAGAAAGAGAGAAGGCAUCAUCAGUCCUAGACAUGGAUGCUUCUCCUGUAAUAGCCAAGCCUGGGGGGAGAAUCUUUAGGUCUCUGGAAGGUGAAUCAUCAUUUAGAGAGAGUACUUUCUCUGAAAAGGAACUUGCUCAUGAACACACUGGAAAAAAUAGUGAGCUUCCGGCUCCCAGAAUGAGCUCAUUUACCCUUUCACACAAAACUCCUGAACCUUCGGGUGCAACUGGACCAGGAAAAGAGAGCGGGAAAGCAUUACAUAAGUUUAAGACAACUAGCAUGUUUUCUGUUUCUGGCGAUGAAGAGAAUGUGAAGUGUCUUGAGGUGGUUUCGAUAUAUUAUACUCUACCAAGGAAACCCAGCAAAAAAUUCUGCAGCCUCCUUCAGCAGUACGCACAAGGUACCGAGUCACUCAGAGAUGCUUUUCAGGGAGAGACCGAAGCACCUCCUAAUACUUUAGCAAUCGAUGAGCCGAAUUGUCCUGCACAAAUGCAGUCAGGAACACCUCCACCGCAAGACCUAAAGAUGCAGGUUGACUCCGCUCCAUGCUCUCUCUCCUACAGCCCUGAAAGUAAAGCUGUCUCCCAAUUGCCAGAUAGAGAGACCUCCAAAUCUGCAUUAGAGGAAAUGGCUUCUGUGGGGCCAGAUGUUUCUCUUCCUAGAGAAGAACCUAAGAUGGAAGAGAGUUCCCCAAGGAAUGCAUCUAAAACAGUUAUAGAUGAUUCACUAAGCAGGGAAAAGAGAGAGAAAGAACUGCUAAGACAAAUCCUACAGACCCGCUUACUGCAUCAGGAAAAAGGUGCUAGAGAAGAAAACACUAAGAGUCAUCAACAGCCUUCUAAAAGCCUCCCAUCCCACUCAGAAGAUAAUGUUGAAAACUCUCAAACCAGAGGAGAUUCCAAAACGUGUGCAGGUGGCCUGGCCGCUAUCUCAACAGGAAAUGGACGAUAUCCUUGGAGAGAUCACUUGGCUGCAGUGGUAGGUGACCAUUCUAGUAGGUCACAGCCUAGGGAAACCAGUGGGACAACUGGGUCAGACUGCCAAAACCUGACUGAUAAAAUGCUCUCUGACUCAGAAAGCCAAGCCUUUGCUUUAAUGCCAGCAUUGCGUAAGCUGCAGCUUGCUGAAGAGGCUCAGACAGGGGGAGCAGGUCUGCAGUCAGAACCCAGGAAGGCAGGGAGUCAGGAAACAAAAGCAGCAGAGAUGAGCAAGGUUGAAGAUAAAGAACAAAUGUUGACACGGGAUCAAACUUUACUUCCUAGAGGAAAUAAUAAAAAUAAAACCAACAUGGAUGACCUAGAAACAAAAGACAGAUACUCAGGUAAACACAGAUUGGCAGCCAUAUCUAAAGCAAGUAAAAAAAUCCCAGCUAAGGAUUUAAGUCCCAGAAAACAUGUAGCUACAAUCUUCUCCCAAAGUGAUAGCAAAUCUGGCUUUAGAAGGCUCUCUCUAUAUAGACCAGAGGACAACCCACUAUCCCCUGAACCUAUUGUAAAAGCCACGGAGUCCACAGAUGAAAGCAGCCGGAUGAAUGUGGACAAACCUGAGACCCUUCUCCAGGAGACCACAGUAUCCAGCCCUGGACCUCCUGGUCAGUUCUGCCAUCAAAAAUCUGCUAGCAUUUUGCAACCACAUCUGAAUGAGUCGCACAGUGUCUUAGAAACACCACCCAAGAGUGAGGAUUCCAGAACUCAGAUUUCAGGAGAGUUGGGAGCCCCAGCUCAGCUUACAUUAACCAGCCCCUUAGAAAAAAGCUCUGGCCAUCAGCAGAGGUUAAGUUCUCCUUUCCCCCUAGAACCUACACAGAAAUCUACAAUAAACUCCCAUUGUCAGCUGCGGCACAGGAGUGCCCCAUCUCCAGAGUCGGACCAUGAGCCACAACUCUAUAGGUCGAAGAGUUUAAGAAACUUCACUGUGCAAAGCGACUUGGUGUGUACAAGUCAUCCUCCCAAAGCCAGGGGGCGCCACUUCUCUGAAAACACUUCCAUUGACAAUGAUCUGAGUCAACUCUCCCUCGAAGAUGGCUCUUUCCCCAACAGUGGGUACAAUCGAAGGUUCAAAUCUUUUUCCGAGCUUCCUGCCUCUUACGAAAGUGAAAGUUGGACUUCAUAUAACAAUAGGACACGAGGUCCCAAGUCCACCUCAUCCAUUUCCAGGCCUAUUGACUAUGGAAUUUUUGGGAAAGAGCAGCAGUUGGCUUUCUUGGAGAACGUCAAACGCUCACUCACACAGGGAAGAUUGUGGAAGCCAAGUUUCCUCAGGACCCCUGGCUUCCUCAAGGAUGAUGUUCUUAACGCUUCCAGCCUGUCACAGUCAGAGCUGGAAAAUUCUCCGGUGGGCCAGGCACCAGAAGAUGGCUUAUUUCCAAGUGAGCCACUUAAUAUCUACAAGGACGACCCAGUGGACCCACUGGACUCAGACUGGGACACAGACACAACCACAGAUGACGAGUACUACCUGGAUGAAAAGGAUAAAGAGUCAGAACUAUGAGACUUUUGUGAGAAACUGCAUAAUAUAAUGCUGUCAUGUUUUGCUUUUUACCAAAAACUUACUGUGGAAAUUAGUCCAAUAAUUAUAGACAGAUAAAAAAGAGCUGGUUUGGGAGUGUUCAAAUCCUUUCUAUUCCAUUUUUUUUCCUUUAUGAAUUCACUGGUUUUGAAUGGUUUUGUGUGUUUGUUUUCCCUACUAUGUUUUUCCUGGUGAAUUUUGCCCUCCUUGUCUCUCCCCCCUAGCCUCAUCUCCUAAGCCACUUUACAAUGUUAGCACUAUCUUCCUCAUUGGUAACUUCUCUUACCAAUAGUUUGGGGACAUGUCCAACCUUGUGACUUGUUAACUACCCAGUACAGCUACAAAACUGAAUUGCCUCUCUCUGUCCACAGCCUGAAUUCCAGAUAUUAAAUAUAACAUAAGGAAAGCAAUCAUGGGGUAAAAUGCUGUCAUUGUGUGUGCAUAUGCUUUUCAGUGUCUACAGAGGCCAGAAGAGGGCACUGGAGCCCAUGGAAUGGGAGGAAUAGAUGGUUGUUAGGGGUCACAUGGGUGCUGGGAGGCAAAGCUGGGUCCUUCUUCUGCAGGAGCUGCAAGUGCACUUAGCCACUGAGCUCUCUCCAGCCACAGAUAAACAAGCAUCCUUAUUAUGCCCUGUUGUGUAGGCAGCCUUGGACGUCUGUAGUUGGUUCUUGACACACAUUUAGAGAACAUGUUAGGUUAUAAAUGAAAGAUUAGUCCCACUAAUGCCUUCAGGGAUUUCUCUAAGAGAGUUUGUGGUGAUUGGCUGAAUUUUUGAGAGCUAAGUUUUCACACUUAGUGCUUGGGUGAAACCCAAAUGAUUCAGGCAGUGUGUCUUGGCCACAGAGACAUAGCUGACAGAUGGAGACAAGCAGACAGCUCUUUUUUGGGCCAGCAUUAUUGCUACUUUCUCCAUAACUGAUUUUUCCCAUCUCUCCAGACCUGUGCAUUUCCCAUUUCCUUAUUUAUAGCCCAGUCUUGAGUUUUAAACUCUUCUCACAUAAUUUCCUUAUUUAUAGCCCAAGCUCUGUAGUUUGAGGAAUUUUUACAUAAUGUCAAGUAUAUACAUAUAUAGAAUAGAUAUACAAAUCAAACCUUCACUGAUAACUCAAAUUUAUUUUAAAACAGUUUUCUGGCUUACACAAAUUUACCAUUUGUUUAAGGUAAAAAACAAGCAUACACCAAUGAGGUAGUUAUAUCUGUUUGUCUAAUACAACACAGUCUAAGGAUAUACUAAGGUUACCCAUAUGCUGGGAAAUAAAGUGGACUUUUUAAAGUCUUCGUUAUCUGUAAUUGCAUUUCUAUAUGAGCAGAAAUCUUUGCAUGCACAGUAAAAAAUAGUGCAGUUCGUAACAAUAUCAGAUCUCUCCCUUCCCCUCCUCUUCCUCCCUUCCUGCAUUCUUUCCUCCUCCUCUUCCUCCUCUCAGUACAGGAUAUAUGCUGUGUGUUUGGAGUCAAGGCUGCUGUGAGGUCAUACCUUGCACUAUGGGUAAGCACAGCCAGGAUUCAUUAUGUGUUUAAUCUAGGGUUAUUUUUGUUUGGUACACAUUUAGAGACCUUUUAUUGUUGCUUUUUUGUUUUCAACCCUACACUCAAUUCUGUGAAGACCCAUGGUUUACGAUGCUUUGGACUAAGAUGCUUUUGGUGAGGCAUUCAGAGGGAACUUUGGAUGAAUCCUUAAAAUUCGAGGUCAGAUGUGAUGUCUGGGAACCACUUGCCUUUCCUGCUGAACCUUUUGUCAAACCCUCAGGCACAUUGAACUCUGAGCUCUUAAUGUAUUGCAAAUCACUAUGAUACCCAUUGCUAAUUUGGCUUCCUACCUCCUUAGUUGCUACAUAGAGUAUCUGGGGCUUUCUUGCCUUGUAAUUCAAGGCAAAAGUCCACGGAUGAGGGUGGUCUAGACCUGCAAGCAGCAUGGGAUCCUGGAUCUCAAUGCAGGACUGGAUUUUGUCUUGUUUUAUAGGUGUUUCUGACAUAGUUUUAUUUUCUACUGUUCAUCCAAAGAAACUGAAGCUAAGGGUAGGUAUUGGCAAAGUGUACAGAGAUCUGGCAGGGACACAUUUACAAGGAACAUCAAUACAUUAUUAUUGCCCUCAUAAUUGGUGUCUGGUCCUGGCUAGUUUACAUCAGUCCCAUAAAACUAGUGAAGGUGAGGUCACUAACAGGAAAACCUCUCCUUAAACCUGUCUACUCAAAUUUUGAGCUCUGGUUAAAGCUCAAAAAGAUGCCUAAUAGAAUUUUAAACCAGCUCUUCUGAAUGGAUCCAAACUUGAAUAGCAAAGAGUAAAAAAAAAAAAAAUCAAUUUCUCGUUUAAUGGUGUGUGUUUGUACAUAUGCCUUCCCUCUUUUGCUAUUUGAUUAUCUAAGUAAAACUCUCAUAUAGUAUGACUUUUUGUGUGUAAUUUUAAUAUAUUCGGAAAUAUUUUAACACUAAGAUCUUUAUUGUUUCUUAAGGGAUCACCAUGAGAUACUAUUUCAAUAAAUAUUUUGAAUCUACAAGAGUCUAGAAAAGGUGACAGGAAGUUAGCUUGCUUUUCAACAAGGAGAGGAUGUGAAGAAGAGAAGUCAGAGUAAAAAAGGACAAAUACUUUGGGGACUCAGGCUCUCUGUGUUGGAAUCUUCUAUCCAUAUGAAGGCUGCCCUUCAGUCAUUGCUUGUCUGCACUAUGUAUAAGGACUACCUGCUUAUCAGGCUGAGGGAUCCGGAAAACAGUAAUUUCACAAAAAUAGAAUCACAUCUCUACUGUUUAUAGUUUUAUGAAGUGCUUCGUUGAAGAAGUAUAGAGACUUUCAAGAGUUUCUUUGUGUUGUAUGUAAUAUGUAAACUGCUGGGUUUUGAUGUGCAUUUUGGGCAUAGCUGUGGUAACUUCAAUGAUAGUCAUUUUAUAUUGUUGUUUUUCUAAAAUACAUAACUAUUAAACUUUCUUGUAAAUGGAGUAAAACACUAACUAAUCAAGAUUAAUAAGUGCCUAGGAAAUUAUUAGCUUGCUUAAAUAUUAGGAUAACAACACAAUUAUAUAAAAUUUGACUUUGUUUAAAAUGGAGUUUAAUAAGAUUAUUUUACUCUGUAGAUAGUCACUUCUGAAUGGUUUACUCUUACAUCAUUAAUACAUUGAUCUUAACAAACCUCCAAUUGCUAUUAACAUGAAUUGGUUAAGGAUAAGCUCAAAAGAGAAAACUAUUUUGUAUAGGAAAUAAAGAUGAGUCACAAGGGUGCUAAAAGAAGCCUACAGAGGUUGUGGAGAAGAUGAGAUUCAAAUGGAAAUUCACAUCUCUGUAAAAACAAGUUCCCAUGCUGAAUGCUGGUAGGUUCAAACAGGCCUCGUCGCAUGGAGUUUACUGUAGAGCUGUAGAAUAUCCUAUCUAAAUGUACAGUAUAAAUAUGUAAAUAUUUUACUUUGGAAGUUUGUAUUCCCCCUUAAAGGCUCUUUGUGGCUGACAAUUCUCUUCUGAACCAGGAAGCCAUAAUAAGCACUCUGUCAGACCUGUCAAAUAACCCUGUCAUGUUUCUCCUCCGAAGCUGUUCCCAAAGUGUGGAAUAGAAUAGACAAUGAAAUUUUAAAGUAACACUUUUGUGGAAAUAAAGAACUUAAACAGA